UGGCUACAGGCGGAGCGGACCCGUUCACAAAGGGGGCGAGCCUUGGCCGGGAGUGCGGCGGGUUGAGGGGACGAAAGACCUGCCAGCGUUGGUUCUUUGGUAACCGACUGGACGAGAAGCAGCAGCUGGGCAGGCAGAGUGCACCCCGGUGGGGGGGGCACCUUAGCUGCUGCUCUGCCACAAGCGUCUGCCGGAGCAGGCAGCCAUGGACCGCGGGCUCACCAUCGAGAACCCCUAUGCCAGUGUCACCAUCCCCCAGGCGCAACUGAAUGAUGGCUUCCUGCGAUACUACCUGGGGGAUGACCUCACCUCCGGCACCGUCCUCUUCAGCCCCAGCAUCUUGCCCACGUACUCGGCGGCCCCAGAGAAGGGGGGGGUGGCUCCGGCUUCGAACGGCCAGAGAGCCCAGGCGCAGGAGGAGUUGCAGGCCCAGCCCACUAACCCCUACGCCAGCCUCAAGAUGCCCAGGGCGGACGCUCCGGAGCCCUUCCGUUGGAAAAGCGACAAAGGGGCCGCUCCGGACCGUGGCGGUGGCUGCUGCUCGCCUUGCUGCCCCAAGUGCAGCCCGUGUUGCAGGAAGCUCUGCUGCAUUGUCUCCUGAUCCCCCGGCGAUCCCCCGAAGAGCAGGGGAGGCUGGGAUGUGGCCG